AUGGAAGCUUCAAAAGAAGAGAAAUCGCUUUCUGAUCAUGAGGUGGAUGAACAAGAGGAAGCCCGUAUCAUUGAAAUGGGAGAGCUCGACAUACACUGGGGAGAAGGCGAUUCCGAACCCGAGCCGACUCAUGUCGAGAGCAGACCGAGCCUUGACGAUGUCGAGGAGAUCUUGGGAUACAAGUUCAAUGCCAAAAGAUUGCUCGAGGAAGCCCUUACUCAUCAUUCGUUUGCUGACAAGUCAUUUUGCUGCGAAAGGCUGGAGUACGUCGGCGAUUCGGUGCUCAAUUUGUUGUUCGCCAAGGAACAGUACUUCCGAUACCCGGACUUGCCGCCCGGGUCACUGACCCGGCUCCGAGCCGCCAACGUGGACACCGAGAAGCUUGCACGCGUGGCGAUCAAGCACGGGUUGCAUCGCUAUCUGCGUCAUAGGAUGCCUGUUUUUGAAGAUCAAAUUCAAGCAUUCGAAAGAGCGAUUCUAGAUUACCCAGUACAUUCCAAUGGCCUAAUCGACGUGCCCAAGGCUUUGGCCAAUGUUGUGGAAUCGACCAUCGGUGCCGUCUUCAUCGAUUGCAAUUUCUCACUGGACACUGUGUGGAAGGUAUUUCAAAGCUUGUUGGAGCCAAUAAUUAGUCCUUCGGCUCUCAAAGUGCAUCCAGUCACCGAGCUAUACGAACUGUGCCAGAAGAAGGGUUUGAAGUUGAGAUUUGUGGAUCUGUGGAGUGAAAGCUCAAGUUUCAUUGUAUUCGCAAACGAUCAGCUCGUGGGAAGAGGCAUGUACAAAGCCAAGAAGGACAUUGCGCUAAACAGAGCAGCCAAAGAUGCUUUAGAGAACAUUGGAAGAUUCCUUGGCGAGGGAGAGAAUACCCAUGAAGAUGACAGUGGUUUAAAUAAACUAAAAGAUGCACUGAAUCAUGAUGAUAAAAACGAAUUUACGUGA